GGGAUAGGACUGAUGAGGCCUUGCGCACCAGUGAGAGAGUGCAUAGCUGGCCCGUCGCGCGGAGGAAAUUAAUUUGCCCGAACGGGGAUGUCGAUGGCUCCUCCGAGAGAGGUGGGGAUGGCCUCAAUUGCUACUCGAUGUGAAAUAUAGGGCUACUCUGAACCGAGGGAGACUGCACUAUAUAUAUAUAUACUGUGUCGGGAGCUUUCGACUGCGAUAAGACUGCGGAUGUUUUAAUAUUCUGAUAAUGGGGGAUAUGGUACCUAUAUAGUUUUCGCUGAGUCGCAGGAUGUGGAAUAAUGCGGAGAUCAAUUUUUUUUCUUUUUUCUUUCGAGGACGUUGAAAAAGUAUGUCGGGAUAUUAACGUUUAAAUCCUCGUGAAAUUCGCCAAUCAAGCUGGAAUUUUCGAAAAGAUAAUUUUAUACGCUCCGGCGAGUAUAGCCGAGGAGUCCUUCGAAAGCGCACAUUUUUGUGGUGUAUUAUACCAGCGAGGAAAAUCGAUGUAUCAUUCGCGGGCGACCACAUAUAGCCCCGAGAGAGAAUCUGCGCCGUAUUUAUACGAUCAAACGUUGAAACGUCGAAUUUUCCACUUUGACAGAUCCCGUCGAGCCGCGGCGAGAUAAAACUGCGCCCGAGCUGUCUAACAAACUCUCUGACUUUUAUUUUUAUUUACAUCGCAGAACAUCUCCGCUCGUCGAAUUUUUCCAAUAAAUCCGAGUAAACACGUUUGUCCGUCUUUAUUAAAAAUAUUUCAUCGGAUGUCCUUGCCGAGCACAAGCCCCCAGCCUCAUUCAUAUACACAUCGCACCCAAUGCUCGAAGUUUUUUUCAACGCAAAAUCCACACACCCCUGCCAAUUUCAAUAAUCCUCCUUUUCCGACUACUCCUAUGUGGAUAAGGGCAGCCUCCCACGAAGGAAAAUCAGUCGGAGAGCGAUCAAUCGAAUUCACUCCGACUUUUCUUAUCUCCGAGUACAAGAUAAUUGCGUUUUCUGCUCUCUCUCUCUCUCUCUCUCUCUCCCUUCCUUCCCCCACUACGGAGCUUUCACGCCAGAGAGCCGGUCCCUUUAAAAGCUCGAUUCAAGCCCCUCGGACGUAUGUAGGUAAACCCCCUCGACGUAACCUUGCGCCAGGGGCCACGUAGUACACAGCUGACGGUAAUCCACCUACACAUCCAGAGAAAGAAAAAAGCGCUGCAGUCAUCCCCUUGCUCGAGCGAGCAACCCCUAUGCUACACUCAUCGCCAUAGCAACCCCGUCGUCGUCGCCGUCGCCGCCGGAAAAUCAACGCUACCCUACGAGAGCGACGACUCUCUCUCUCUCUCUCUCUCUCUCUCUCUCUCUCUCUAUUCCGGCGCCUUCCGUCACGAUUUGCAUGUAAUUAUUUUCCUUUCGUCGCUGAAUUCUUGCUCAAGAGAGAGAGAGAGAGAGAGAGAGAGAGAGAGAGAGAGAGAGGAAUUCAAGCUUAGGUACACAGACGAAAUUCUCGAGACGAUUUUCUCGAGAACGAGCCACUCGACGAGCUGCGGGUACUUGGCUGUAUAAUCCGUUUAGCGACUCCUCUUUUAUAUUUUCAAGUUUCUCCCGCGCAUUAUUCUUAUGAGCAAAACCGCGAGUAAUUUUCAAGAGCGAGAGUGUAUACUAAAAUAAUUCGUUUCACGACUUUUUUUAAUUUAGUGAAAAUCGUUACGAGGGAAAUCGAAAAGAAAAAGUCCCCCGCACUUUCGUGUGUGGUGGCACACUUUUUUCCCGCUCGGAAACUCCAUAUGCAAAUAAAGCCGCACGCAGAGCAUAACGGAGAUCCGCGCUGGUCAUCCCGCCCAGCGAACCGAAUGAUCGUCGUCAUCCUCGAACAUUACCCGUCUCCGUCGGCGCACAUACACACGAGCCUACAGCCCGCUGGUCCGGUCAGUCGCGCUACAGAACAAUGCCGAUACACAGCCCAUCGCCAGCCUCUUGAUUUAUCAGGCGUUCCACCCCCGCAGUGCGCGAUAUUACAGCAGACCUAAAAAGAAAAGUGAUUUGUGGCUUCGAUUAAAAGAUGCUUCUCCUCUUCCUCCUUCCCAACUCGGUCCUGGCCGUCGUUAAUCCUUCUCCGAGCCCGACGCCAUCCUCGUCGUCCCUAUCGGUGCUCCUGCCCCCGACGAACCACUCGAGCAGCGUCGAAAUGAACGCGGCGAUGAUGCAGCAGCAGGAGAAGAAAGUGGAGCCCGACUGGUCGCCCAGUCUGCCUGAUCUAACGCAAAUGCAACAGCAGCAGUACAGCUACACUCCACCUCCGCCCUUCAUGCCAGCCAACUAUUACCUGCCCGGCAAUAAUCAUUACGGGCCAGCAGCCCCGUCGACAGAGUUCCGGGCGAGCGAGCACUACGUCUACCCUUUCGAGCCGCAGAGCUACGCUUAUCCUGUGUCGGCGCCGUCGAUAGACUCGGCGCUGAUACCCACGGCUAAGCACUUCGUUAUCGUCAGCUUCAUCGGCCUGCUACUGCUCUUCGCCGUGAUUCAGAACUCCAUAGCCGCUGCCAAGCGCAAGGACGCCCUCGUCGAGGUGCUAUCCAACCGGAGGAAGAGGGAACUCGUCGCUCUCGAUGACAUGACACCGGAGCUGGUAUCGGCGCUGAAAGAGGACGCCCGAGUGCGCUGCAUCCAGCGCACGCUUUGUUACGAGAAUCGCAAGCUCCUCGAGGAUCUCGGCUUCGUCGGCAAAGUUCUCGGCAAGUAUUUAACGCGUGGCGUGCAAAGUUCGCUGAAAGAGUUAUCGCCUGGCUGGGAUCGGCUCGUCGAGGACGCGGCCAAUGCCGGACUCAGAGGCGAAGAUUGCGACGUUGUCUACAGAGACUGCAAUUUUGUUGAAACUCCAGAUGAGGCGGCGAUCGAUGACGAGGAAGAAUAGACGCGCUAGACUCGCUGCUCUGCGAUGAAUGAACAAGCAACUGGAGCAUCAUGGCUGCUGCUGCUGCUGCCGCUCUAGUGCAUCGCGUGUGUCUCUGCAUAAAGAGAAAAUGAAUCGUACAUGUGUGUGCGUGUAUAUUCUGUGCAGCGGGAAUUUAGAGCGAUGCUUAGAGACACGCGAUCUCUUCUUGCAUUCUUUUUUUUUCGUACUUUAGCGUGUAAGUGUUGCAAUUUGUAAAUAACAGCGCGAUUGCUGCGGGCGUUCUAGUUUUUAAGCUCUGAAAAUUAUUAUGGUGUGCAUGUCAUUGAGAUGUUGAAUAAAAAGAAAAACGAUGUACGGAAGAGAUGGUUUUCGGAGUAAGAAAACAAGCCCAAGUAAUGGUUUCUCAAUUUUUAAUUACAAUACGUUGUUUUGCUUGUUUUUUAUCGCUACAAACAUCGACAUCCAGCCUGAACUAUUUUAUAGACAGCAUAGUCUGCUCUCUACGCUCACUUCGAUGCUCUCUUUCGCACUCUUCCGUUCACUCUCAGUUUCUCACACUCGCUUUUAAUCCGUUUUUUUCUUUUCAUUAUUUUUAUUCAAAUUCGCACAUUCUCGCGCGUUUCUCUCGCACACUCUCACUUGGAAUCAUAUUACAUUAUAUAAAAAAUAUGAAAUCACGAACGAAAACAGAGGAUAAUGGAGACAAUGAUAAAAUUGCGCUGAUACUUCAAUCACCUCUUAUACUCUCGCUCUCGCUCGCUCUCAACUAAUUACAUAACACUAUCGUUAUUAUCGUUCAUAACAUUAAGGCAUUACGUAUUUAUAAGUUCUCCAUUGCUCCGUAUCGUCGCGCUAUACAGCAAUUAUGUAUCGCUAAGUCGCAUUUUCUUUUUAUAUAACUUAAAUCAUAGACGGUGAGAUCGCUCGUUGCAAUAGUCCAGGCUUAUAAACACAAUGAAAAUCAUAAAAUAUAUGUAUAAAUAUUUUUAGUCGAACGCAUAUACAAUCGGUGUACAAGAACGGAAAUGGAGAUAGUUCUCUGAUGCCCAUCAGCCGAUUUCGUUUGUCCCCCUGCACUCUUUAAACGAUGUGCAGGCGAGCAACGCAUCCAGCCCCUUUGCAGUGUUUCAAGUAUAGACGCAUCUCUUUUCGCGCACUUUGAGCAAGAAAAUUACAAAAAAAUCCAUACCGUAUAACGUCGCGUGCGGUUUAUGCGCGCACACGCGAAUCGAGGGCACGAAAGCGUUCGAAUAUCUUUCUCUCUUGUGGCGAAGGCGUUAUUUUUUUUUACUUUUUAUCAGUCACAAAAGUUAGUUGCGCGUUAAAAUACGGAUUAAUCGUCCGUAAAUGACCGCAGCUGGCGCGCUUAAUUGAUUAUCGCGAAAAGCGUCAGCGGACAUUCGUAAUUUUCAAGCACGCUAUUUUCUUCUUUUGUUAGACUUUGAGCGUAUACGGGGAUACGAUCAACGGCAGAAAUAAAAAAGGACUUGCGAAGUCGCUCGCAAUAAUAACAAAAUUAGUAAAAUUGAAAAACGCGUAAACAAAUUUAUUUGCUGCAAGCUGCAAACUAACUGUCACUAGUGUACAUAACAGAGAAUCGAAGGUUCGUAUGCGGUUGUCAAUUAUCAUUUGAUAAGAACCGAAAGAAAGAAAAAAGAAAAUAAAACAAAAUGAAACAUGUUCAUUCAUUGAAAAUACAUUGCUUUGACCGGUGCACUGACACAAAUCUUGCGAACGCGCGAAAUGCCUUUAAUCUCUUUGUUUUUCUCUCGUGAAAGCAUAGCGCGCGCCGAAUUGUCUCUGUUUCUCUUAAAAAGACUGACACUCGCAUUCUCACACAGCCUCUCGUCGUCAAUUAUUCGCACAUCAAUUUUCAUCAUGUUUUCUCUGCGGCGAAAUCGUCGCGUAACUCACUUCUUCAUCCGGUAGUUAUGUCAUUAGAUAUCGUUACAAAAGUAUUACUAUGUACAAGCUCCAGAAACACUGGCCUCACUCGCGUUAGACUCGCUUGAGUCAGGCUUUCGUCAAUUCAUUUCUCAUGCUCGAGUUCGUUUAUACUUUCAAAUUUUCGAAUAAGAGUAUAGCUACAUCGAUCGCCAAUUUACACUGUCCACACGUCUGUUUGUUCUCUCGUGGACCUGAACUCAUAUCGGAUCCAAGCGCGAGUUGGUCACUUCGCGAGAAUGGCACUGUUCCUUUCGACGAAUCGAACCUCUCAAACAAUUUUUAGCUGAAGUGGUCGAGUAAUAUAUGCUUUUUUUUGUUAAUUUUCUCGCUUUUUUGUUUAAUUAUUUUUGCGUUAUCAUUUAUUUCAUGUCUCGGUCAACGCGUGGCCGUCACUUUUCGCGUUAAGACGAGUAUCUCUGGCAAUUGUGAAACAAUUAUCUAAGCAAGACCAAGAUCGAGGCACCGAAGAGCUCGGAGGCCGAAGUAGGGUGGUGUGCUUGUUCGGCUCGUCGGAAAAGAAAUAACGUAGGCACGACAAAGAAUAAAAAAAAGAGAGGGUCUCGCAUCGAAACGAAGAUGUCAGAGGAGACAGAAGAGAGAAAGAGUAGACGAGGUUCGUCGUCGGUAGAAUGUAAAGAAUUUGAAAGUUUGAGUAUUCUCUGGUAUAAAAACACUUGUUUACUUUCUUAGUCGUUUAUUAGCUUUAAAAUUGUUCAUCAUUACUAUCUGUAAUCAUCAAUGCGUUAAAAAUUAUAACAAGAACCGUCUCGAUUCUCAACUCUUUCUCUCGAAUCUCGCUCCUCUUUAUCCUAGUUUUCCACCUCUCUUUUUUUGCAUACGUUGUUGUCGUCGUCAUUUUUUAUCAGAUAUUUUCCUCCCCACAUCGAGGAGAAAACGUACAAUUUUAUGCAUAUUAAACAAAUUUAUGCGACGUAUACAUAACUUUGUCCGAGCUCGAAAAUGAUACAGUCCUAAAAGGGUCAAUCGAUCGUCGAGCCUACCGUAUAAAAUGAAGCCAUAUUACGUCGACUAACACAAUAAUCGCUUAAUCAAUUAAACUAUCAAUUGAUAUAAUAAUAUUAAUAUUAGCAAUAAUAAUAUGUACAAUAUUCUAACGCUAUUUGUUCUGUCCAGUAUGCUCGAAACGUGACCGCGUCCGGAUCUUAUAAAAUAUUAUCGAUACAACGCGGUCCGUAGUAUGCUUCGCACAUACGUUAGUCCUUUAUAUUUAUAAUAAAUUUAUAAUGACCUUAGCAUACACGUCUCUUUCUCUCUGUUUUUCCUCUAAAAUGUAUGGUACUUAUGUGCUUUCUUUUCUUAGGCUUGCAAAAUCUCACAAAGUUCAUUGUCACAGUCAAGAAGUAUUAUUCUAUCAUCGACAUUUACAUGAACUAGAGUUCGAUUGUGCUCGUGUUCAUUUAUAUAAAAUACGACAAAUUAUGAGUGGUCACGCUUUUUUCUCAUACAGCGAGUUCGUUUCGUCGGGAACAUUGGGAAGUUUUUCUGCAUUCUAUGCAAUGCUCAGGUAUGCGUUUCUGUACUGAAAAUGAAUUCUGAUGGUGUUGAAGAAAAAAUUGAAAAUCAAGCGCGUCUAUCCAGAAGAUCUCAUUUGAAUUUUUAUUGUUUUGUUUAAUCAAAUUAUUAAAAAAAAAAA